CUACCGCUUUCUAUUGGCUUUCCGUCUCGUAACGUGUCAUAAACAGUGAAAUGCGGAUGGUGACAAUAAUCUUGGAUAUAUUCACAUGAUAUUAAAUGAAAAUGAAGGUAUAAACCAUUGAAGUGUGUUGGCUUUGAAGAAGAAAAAAACGAAGAAAAAUGGAGAAUAUUCAAAAUCUUCCUAUCGACAUACAGACGAGCAAACUUUUGGACUGGUUAGUGGAUCGACGUCACUGUAAUCUAAAAUGGCAGAGUCAAGUGAAAAUUAUCAGAGAGAAGAUCAAUGCUGCCAUCCAGGACAUGCCUGAAAAUGAGGAGAUCAAGCAGCUUCUCUCCGGCUCCUACAUUCACUAUUUUCACUGCUUGCGGAUUGUGGAGAUACUGAAGGGAACUGAAGCUUCCUCCAAGAACAUCUUUGGCAGAUAUUCCUCACAGAGGAUGAAGGACUGGCAGGAGAUUGUGUCCCUUUAUGAGACCGAUAAUGUCUAUUUGGCGGAGGUUGCGAGCCUGCUGAGUCGCAAUGUGAGCUACGAAGGUCCAGCUCUGAGGAAGCAGCUGGCUAAAGUCCAGCAGCUGCAGCAGGAGCUGAGCAGGCGGGAGGUGGAGUGUCAGAGCUCAGCCACAGACCUGAGGGGACGCUACUACGCCGCCUGCAAACAGUACGGCAUCAAAGGUGAAAAUGUCCCUCGAGAGCUUCAGGCUCUGGUCAAAGAUUUACCAGCAGUUCUAGACGAGGUCGGGAAGGAUGCAGCAAAGUUAGAGGAGAAAAUCCAACUUUAUACAGCUUUUACGAACUACGUGUGUGAGUGGUCUGAACCAGUCCUGCCCAUACUCACGUUUGUCCAGAAGAGAGGAAACACGACAUUUUAUGAGUGGAGAACAGGCCAAGUCCCAAAAGUCAUUGAGAGGCCAGUUGUGGAGGAAGAAGCUCCUGAGACAGUCACAGAGGAUGCAAUUGACUGGGGUGACUUUGGCAAAGGAACAGACUCUCAGGUCGUGAACGCUGGAGUUGCACUCGAAGAUGGAAUAGACUGGGGCAUCAGUCUGGAGCCAAGCUCUGAGGACGCUAGUGCUGGUGGUAUCGACUGGGGCGACAGUGAACCUGCUCCCAUAGAAAUUGAAAUUGUGGAUGCAGGGACAGACUGUCCUGAGGGUGUGGCGAGGGGGGAGGAUGCUUUAAGUAUCCUGGAGAACACACAGUCACGUGGACAGUUCAUUGAUGAGCUAAUGGAGCUUGAAGUGUUCCUAACUCAGCGAAUCAGUGAGAUGGGAGAAGAAGGAGACGUGGUCGCCAUGAGCCAGUUCCAGCUGGCCCCCUCGGUCAUCCAAGGCCAAACCCGGGAACACAUCAGGGAGAUGCUGUCAGAGGUGCAGGACCUCCUGGGCCGGCUCACCUCUCUCCGGAUGCAGCACCUGUUUAUGAUCCAGGCGUCGCCUCGGUACGUUGAACGUGUGUCUGAGAUGCUGAGACAGAAGAUGAAGCAGGCAGACAUUUUGGUCGUCAAAGGUGCCACGAUGGUUGAGAAAAGGCAGGAAGCGCUGGAAGAGCAGUCCAGACUAGAGCCUCGUGUUGACCUGCUGGCAGGAUGCACCCGGGAACUCCAGAAACUGAUUGAAGCCGAUAUUUCAAAAAAAUACCACAACAGACCCGUCAACCUCAUGGGAGUGAACAUAUAAUGAGCUUAACAAAGUGAAAAUAUUUUGUAUUGACCAACUACAAAAAUAAAGGUGGUAUUUAAUUAA